CAACAACAACAAAAAUGGCUGUCCAUCGGUUAUCAAAUUUGUUGAUGAUGAUGACAAUCAUUUUGUAUCUCAUUCCAGUUAAUGUGAUGUGCUUUGUUCAUCAAUCAUCCACACAAACAGACAUUAAAUCAGUGAUGCCUGAAGAACAAUUUACAUCCAUUAUGUUCUCUAAUGAUUUUUGCAAAUUCAUUUUCAAUGUUGUUGAUGAUGAUGAUGAGAAUUCUGUCGACAUUAACGGUGGUGAUGAUGAUAAUGAUGAUAUCAAUGAUCAAAUUGAUCAAACUAGAUCAAAACGAAUGAUACGUUCGAUAUUUGAAAUGAAGGAAAUGCCAUCUACUAUUGUACAUUCGAAUCGUCAUCAUCAUCAUCAUAAUAAUUUACAUUAUCCGCACAUCCAUUCAAUAUCGAAAGAAGAGGAAAGCAACACAUCAUCAUCAUCAUCAAUCAUCAAAUCGAAUCUAAAGAAUCUAACCAGCCAUAGCCUUAUGGAAUCUUUGCCUUUGCCUAAUUCCAAAGAAACAUCAACAUCAUCAUCAUCGAUAAGAACCCGUCGACAAGAUAUUGGUUCAGUUCAGAUUCCUGUUAUAAAUGCAGCACAAAAUCAACAACAACCACAUUAUUUGGAUCAAUCGAGCCAUAUACAAACACAACCAAUAUUGGCUGAUCCAACUGAACCGAUCAAUACAGAUUCUUUAAUACAGGAUCAAACAACAACAACAACAACAACAAACAGUCGAGAACGACGACAAAAAAAACAAAAUAAAAAAUCCAAUAAUCAUAUAAGCUAUAAGAAAAAUCCCUAUCAUUAUUCAUAUUCACCACCAUCGAAUUCACAUCCUGUAUACAUAGGCCUUGAAAUUCUUGAUAUUGAUCAUAUAAACGAUGCUGAAAAUUAUUUUUCAUUACAAUUAUAUCUUUUUGAAAUGUGGGAAGAACCACGUCUGAAUACAACAGCAUUACGAUAUUGGUCAAGAAAAUCUGAACCAAUACCAGUUUUAGAAGCAAAUAUGGCCGAUUGUUUAUGGACACCAUCAUUGAUUUUUGAAGAUUCAACCGAAAAAGAACAUCUUUUACCACCGACCAAUAUAUUACUUGCACAUCCAGAAUAUAAUCGAUCAUUAGUUUUGUUGCGAAAAUCAAGAUAUUCAUUAAAAGUACGUUGUCACAUGAAUCUACAGAUCUAUCCAAUGGAUAAACAUUCAUGUAAUUUUAAGAUUCGAACAUUCACCGAUCCAAUAAGAAAAGUAACGCUCAAAUGGCUAUCAAAUUCGGCUAGUCCGAAACCAGAUCUAUUGGAUGUUAAUCAAAAUGAAGUAAUUUAUUCAACCGAAUUUGCACCAUCAUUAUUUGAUAUUCGUGUACAGCGGCCUGCCGGUUAUUCAACAAUCAAUUGGCUAAAUGAUUAUUAUUCAGUAUUGACCGUUGAAUUUAUAUUCGAACGGCGAAUUAUACAUUCAUUGUUGACAGUUUAUAUACCAUCAUCGUUGAUUGUAACAUUAUCAUGGUUGCAAUUUUGGUUCGAUGUUGAAGCUGUACCGGGUCGUAUGUCAUUGGGUAUUAUGUCAACAUUGACAAUAAUGACACAAAUUCUAACAAAUUAUGAAAAAGCUGGUAAUCAUGUUACGGCUGUAGAUAUUUGGCUAUUUGUCUGUUUGAUUAUGGUAUUUUUAGCAUUGAUGGAAUAUGCAUUAGCUUAUACUAUUUCACAUUAUUAUGAUAAUUUUGAUGAUGAUGAUGAUAAUAAUGAUGGUAAUGAUGAUGAUGGCAGCCAUGUUGAUCAUAACAAUAAUAAUCCAUUUGGUUUUGAUCAUCUUGGACAAUCAGAAUCAUUGAUGAUGGCCAAUACUGGUAUCGAUUCUAUGAUGAGUAGCAAACUUGAUAAACUGAAUAAUAAUCCAAUAACAUCAGCCGCUUCGAAUCCUAUGCAACAUCAGACAUUAUUUCAGGCAGCUAUUUCCAAUAAUAAUAAUAAUCAAGUUUCACCAUUGAAAACUUCUAGUCUUCCGACUGAUCUCUUUUCGAAUGAAUCAGCCAAAGAAACAGAUGCAAAAACAAAUGAUGAAAAUAGACCACCAUCAGCAAUAUCGACUAAUGAUCGUUUUGUACAGGCUCAACAACGUAUACAUAGUGCAUCAAAAGAAUUGGAACAAUUAUUAUGUGAAAAAUUUGCUGAAACACUUGGUAUGGUACAAUCGGCACAACGUUCAAUGUUGGAUGCACAACGUUUACAACAAACAUUAUCAUUGAUUCAACAACAGCAACAAUUGACGGGAAAACAAUCUACAAUUAUUGAUAGCAAUAAUAAUCGUAAUAAUGAAAAUGAAAAUUGUAAAUUUUUACAUCAACGAAAACCAAUGCGACAGUCAUCCAGACCAUUGACAUCAACAACAACAACCGCAACGAAUAAACCACAUCGAUUAUCAAAAUUUCGUCAAUCAUUACGACGACAAAUGUCAAGUCGUAAUUUGAAAGCGGUUAGUUCGGCUCAUCGUAAUCGAAUGGGUGGAUAUGAAACACAACGAUCAAAACUUAGUGAAGUUGAUUAUUGUAGCCGUUAUCUAUUUCCAUUUUCAUUUGUAUUGUUCGCUAUUGGUUAUUGGACUGCAUUAAUUUAUUACAAACUAAUGAGCUGAUCAAUCAAUCAAUCAAAUCAUAAAUUCUUAUUUUAAAAUCUUAAUCGAUUGUGACUUGUGCAAAAAAAAAAAUUAAAGCGCUUAAUCCACCACCAAAGUGACCCAAAUCCUUUUUUUUCCGAAACUCAUUUCAACAUUUUUUUUCAUAUCGUUAUUCAGAAUUCUCUACAUCACUAUUCCUCCUUUCUCUCUAUAAAUAUUCAUG